AUGGAGGUCAAUCAUGUUAGCAAUCAUGUUGGCAGAAGAAACACACCUGAACCUGCAAAGGAAGAAGAAGUUGGGGUUCUGGUCAAGCAAACUGUCAAGACAAAAGAAUUGACAUUUCAUCCAUUUUUGGAGCUACCUAACGAGCUCCGUGAUAUGGUUUGGGGCUACGGCAUUGAUCUUACCACUUCACCAUCAAUUGUUCAUAUGGAUGUCAAACAUCCCAAUUUUCCUCUUCUCACUCAUGUCUGA